AUGGCUACCAACGGCUCCAGCGUCAUAACAAAGGCCACCAAGGCCAACAUCGGGGUCUUCACGAAUCCCAAGCACGACCUGUGGAUAAAUGAGGCAGCGCCAACACUGGACAGUGUCCAGAAAGGGGAGGAGCUUAAGGAGGGUCAGGUUACCAUUGCGAUACGGAGCACAGGAAUUUGCGGCUCGGACGUCCACUUCUGGAAGCAUGGCUGCAUCGGCCCCAUGAUUGUUGGGGGCGACCACAUUCUCGGCCACGAAUCCGCCGGCGAAAUCAUUGCGGUACAUCCGAGCGUAACAAACCUCAAGGUCGGCGACCGCGUGGCCGUCGAACCCCAGGUGAUUUGCAACGCAUGCGAGCCGUGCCUCACAGGCCGGUACAAUGGUUGCGAGUCCGUUGACUUUCUCUCAACCCCACCCGUCCCGGGCCUCUUACGUCGCUAUGUCAACCACCCGGCUGUGUGGUGCCACAAGAUCGGCGAUAUGUCCUACGAAGACGGCGCGAUGCUCGAGCCUUUAUCCGUCGCCCUCGCGGGGCUGCAAAGGGCCGAAGUUCGCCUCGGCGAUCCAGUGCUCGUCUGUGGUGCGGGGCCAAUCGGGCUGAUCACGAUGCUCUGCGCCAAGGCGGCCGGCGCAUGCCCACUAGUGGUGACAGACAUCGAUGACGGCCGGCUACGGUUUGCUAAGGAGAUCUGCCCAGAGGUGAUCACCCACAAGGUCGAGCGAUUGUCGGCUGAGGACUCGGCCAAGGCCAUUGUGGCCAGCUUCGGCGGUAUCGAGCCGGCCGUGGCACUGGAGUGCACCGGUGUCGAGAGCAGUAUAGCAGCGUCGAUUUGGGCGGUCAAGUUCGGCGGAAAGGUGUUCGUCAUUGGAGUCGGGAAGAACGAGAUUCAGAUCCCCUUCAUGCGUGCCAGCGUCCGCGAAGUCGACCUGCAGUUCCAGUACCGAUAUAGCAACACAUGGCCAAGGGCAAUUCGGUUGAUUCAGAACCGUGUCCUUGACCUAAGCCGACUCGUGACGCAUCGCUUCGGGCUGGAGGAUGCGCUCAAGGCCUUCGACACGGCGUCAGAUCCCAAGACCGGCGCCAUCAAAGUGCAGAUCCAGAGCCUGGACUGA